AUGGAGGCCGCGCUGCUGAGCGCCCUCCUGGGUGUCCUCGUGGCGCCCUGGCUGCAGGUGGAGCCUGUCCUCGUGGACCUGGACCGGCACAAGAUUGCAGGCUUCUGGCGGGAAGUUGGCGUGGCCUCCGACCAGAGCCUGGCGCUGAACGCCCCGAAGCGGGUGGAGGGCCUAUUUCUCACCGUGAACGGGAGCCGCCUCAUUGUGAGGGCGGCCUUCAACAACUCAGGAGGCUGUGAGACAGAAAGGAUAGUGGGCUCGGAAGCGGGCAUUCCCGGGAAGUUCACAUUUCCUGGCCACCGGGAGAUCCUGGUGCUGGACACGGACUACGAGCGCUACGCCAUCAUGCGGCUGUCCCUGCUGUGGCAGGGGCGGGACUUCAGCAUGAUCAAGUACCUGACUCGGACCCUGGAGAGCGAGGACCAGGUGGGCUUCUGGCGGUUCCGGGAGCUGACUGCUCACACCGGACUGUACCUGUUCUCCCGGCAGGGGAGGUGCGCCAGGCUGCUGAAGGAGCAUGGGGGCACCGCCCUUGGUCCGCAGUCCUCUGUGACCACGACCAACCACUAA